AUGUGGGGCGGCGGUGCGCAGUGCGUGCACGCGUCGUUGCCUAGGGGUGCGCGAGCUCAACCCGCGCCUACACUCAGCGGCGCGAUCGCCAGCCGCCGCCCGCCCAGACCCACACCCCCUUCUCCAACACUCGUCGCCCAGAUAGAUUCCUCAGUGGCCUGCCUCUGGCUACUCACUCCUCUCUCGGCUGGGACUGCGGUUGUAGCGGUCCUCGUUGCGGUAUCGACGAACAACUGGCUCCACACACAAGAAAAUAUGCUCAACCCUUCCUUCAACGGAACAGGCAAAUACGAUUUGGUUGCGAAACAAACAGUUUCUGGACUCUGGCGACUUUGCCAUACUGACCCUGGGAGUACAAUAUUCCGCUGUAAGGAUAUCCCGUACUUCCCAUUAUCUCAGUACAUGCCUGACACCAGCGAUUCGACAAAUGCAAUUCCAUAUGUGGUGACCCGCUCGGCUGCUCCUUUGUUGCUUGCGGUAUUCACGCAAGCUGUGGGCGCGUUGUGUUGCGUCCUCGGGCACUGUGUUAAGGGACGUAGGCUUUGCACCUUCAUUGCCGGAGUUAUGUUCAUCAUUUCAGGUUUAAUAAUGUUGACCGGAAUAAUUAUGUACAUAUCGGUUUUUAAAUCGCAAUUAGGACACAAACUACGAUACAUGACAUUCUUCGAUGCACCCAGAAUGUCCUACAGCUACGGGUAUUCGUUCGGGCUAUACAUUGGCGGUUUUGUCGCAGCAGAGUUGGCUGGGACAUCAGCGAUAUUUUUGUUUCUUCAGUGGUAUCAAAAAGACUGGGUAACAGAGCUCACGGAAAAGGCAAAGGCUGAUUGUCGUGCUUGGGAUAGAGAGUAUGCAUUCUCAGAAUUCAGAGAACGUGACUCUACAAUUUUAGAAAGACGCAUGAUGAAGAGGGACACGUAUCCUCCGUCGGGUUCGUCAGCGGCUACACCGCGUGAAGGCCGCCGCUUCAUAUUCGAUGGUGACGAGCUCCCUCACUGUUCUAUACAUAAGAAUAGAAGAACUAAUUUAAGUUCAGCAUCGCUGAAGGACUUAUCGUCGUCUACCUUAUACGGGUUCCCUGCAGCACCUAGACCGACAGCCUGCGAUAAUUAUUUCGAAGAAUUUAAAGAAGUACCGCAAAGUGCCAAUACUUUAAGUGGGUUGCGAAGCGUAUCGAUAUUCCAAUCUCAAGCGUCUGUAGCCAGCGGGAGAUUUUUGGAUACCUCUGCUGUAGAGCCACCGCCUUCUCAGGAGGAAGAACUAGUGACUUUUGGAGUUGGUGCAAGAAAUAACAAUGGCUUGGACGAUCAACAGGCUAUGCGUCUUGAUCGUGGUGUACACGACCGCGCUGUUGGCACCGACCCCUAUCGUAGGACAACGCCCGUUUGAUCCGAGAUGUCGGGUUACC